AAAGUAACGCGCGAAGGUGUUUAUUGAUGGUUGUGAUUAUACGUAGAGAAAACUGAAUUUUGUUGGUGUAUAUUACUAACAUGGAGCGAGGUGUUCCAGUUCCUCUUGAAGACUGUCGGCGUCAGAGAUAGUAUGGGCAAGGUGGACCAAGGUUUUUAGAACGCCCAUUGUUUGUGCUGGAUGGUGGCAACUAGUAGCUUGUAGAUACAGGUCUCUUGCCACCAAAUCCAGAUGUUGAAAAAUCACCAGAUUUUGCUGCCAUAAUGAAGAAUUUGAUGAGUCGUAUAUCUGUCUCAGGCCUAUCAAAAGAAAAAGAAGAAACUAUCAUUCAGCAACUGAAAACACUGAAGAAACAUCAGCACAUUUUUUUAAAAAAUCAAUUUUUGUAUGAUACAAUGAAAGUGUACUGUGCUGGAGAUAAUUCUGGGAAACCUUUGCUUGACAAAACUGGUGCAAUUAUUGCAACAGAAGAACUGCCUUCACAUAUCAGAAUACGAAAACUUUCUCCAUUAACACCUGAAGAAGUGCAGGAAUUGAGAUACAUAGCAGCUGAGAGAAUUAUAGUGAGAAGUGCACAUGUGAAAAAUCUAAUGUAUGAGUCAGGACUGCAAGUUGCUGAAUGGCUUCCACUUUCUGAGGGUGAAAAAAUAGUCACUAAAGCAAAGAAGAUCUUGAGUGAAGAUUUUAAAGCAUACUAUACAGCAGCACAUUUAUAUUUGGAUAAAACUCUGACAUUAUGGCAUACAUGCGACAAAAGUUAUAAUGCAUAUCUUAGUAACUUGAAUUGGCUUGAGAAAAGAUGUUCACUUCAUCAUCUCAAACUAAGAAUUCUUGAAUGCAGGAUUUCGCUGGCAUUUUAUUCUGAAGAACCACAACAAAUAGAGGCUCUUGAACUGUUAGAAGUUCUUUUGAAGGAGAAGUUGAGUGAACUCAGAACUGAACUUCAGAAACUACAGUCAACAACAACCCAAUACAAUAUGCUAAAGGGUACAGAAUAUGAUGCCAUUCUUCAUCAGUAUAUUGAUGUGUUGAGAAAGCUGAAAGAACAGGCAUGGACACUGAAUCAAAUGUCGAACAGUUAAGAGAGAGUGUGUUUGUGUGUGUGUGUGUGUGUGUGUGUGAGAGAGAGAGAGAGAGAGAGAGAGAGAGAGAGAGACCAUGUUUACAAUACUUGAAAUAAAUUAAAAGGUACAUUUGGUAAUUAUUAGUCACCAACAAUUGAAUCUUUUCAAUUAAUUCAGUGUGAUUUAUGGAAAAAAAAUCCUGAAGAAUUCAUCUGUAUUAUAGCUGUAUUGCAAUGUAUAUGUGUUGUAAACAUUUAGAAAAGUUCUGUGGUUUCAGAGUAUGUCUUUGUUUAAAGAAAACAAAGAAAGACUAGCCAGAGUAAAAACCCACACUAACGCAACAUGAAUAUUUGUAUAGGAUAGGCUAGUUAAAAGACUCUGUUUAACUUAGGUAAAACCAAUCUGAAAUGGAUUGACUGCUACUCACCUUAUGAAGGAGGCACUGAGUGGCUGACAGGCACAUUUAAAAUACUGCCACAUAGUUUCAGCUAUUGGACAAAAUUCUUUGUCAUAUGUCAGCCUCUUGACUGUAACCUACCCUCCUGUGUAAAAGACACUAAUAAUGUCCUCUACUGACUUUCCUUACCUUCUCUUCCUUUACCUAUCGGUGCCCUGCUCAUCACUGUUGAUGCUGCAGGCAUCUGCAUGGCACCAUUUUAUUCAUGGUCAUCUAGAGUAAUCCAUACUAGCUAUCCUGAAUCCCCUUUCCCUCACCUGGUUUGGAUUCAUUGAUGAAAUCACCAUGGGUGAAGACCCCCCUAUCCACAUUCUUCUAUAUCUCAAAAUGUUCUCCCCCAUUCGCUUCACUUGGUCCCUCCUCAGCCCAUUACCUCACCUACCCUCCAUGUUGACUUCCAUUUGAAGGAUGGCUAAAUCAGUGCCUCUGUGCACAUCAGACCUCCUAACCACCAACAAUAAUGCCACUUUGACAGCUGCCACCCAUUCCCACAACAAGAAGUCCCUUCCAUACAGCCUAACCACCUGUUGUCAUUGCAUCUGCAGUGACUAGCAGUCCCUCUCCAAAUAUGCCAAGGCUCUCACUAAGGGCCUUACAGAUGGAAAAUGUCCUACCCUGCCUAGAAACAGAUCUCCCAUUCCCUGUCUCCCCAGUCACUUACCAUCCCCCACAUAACCACUGUGUGGCCACAAAGAGCACUGAUCUCGUGACUCGGUACAACCCAGGGAUGGAGCCACUGGAUCACGUUCUCCAUCCAGGUUCUGACUACCUUUCAUCAUAAUGAAAUGGGAAAUAUCCUUCCCAUUGCUUCUGCAGUGGUAUUCUGCUGCUCGUCCAUGCACAGUAGCCUUGUCUAUCCCAAGCUCAUACCCCUGCAAUAAACCUAGAUUGAAGAUCUGUCACACACAUCCUCCCACUACCGCACCACCACCUACUCCAGUCAUGUCAUAGGGGCCUCCUACCCCACCAAAGUCAGGGCCAUGGGAUCCACCAACUUAGCUGCAACCAGUGUGCAGCACUCUAAGCUGGUAUGACCUCUAGCAAACUGUGGUCAAGAGACAGCUGGAUCAUCUAGUUGCUGGGCAUGCUUGACUUCAAUGACUGAUUCACAGCUUGUGCCAUCUGGAUUCUUUUCUUCGCCACCAGCUUAUCUGAAUUGUGAUUGUGGGAAUUCUCCCUGUGACAUAUCCAUUGUUACUGUAACCACCUGCCCUCAACCUCUGCCAAUCCCCGUGUGCGAUCUGCUUCUGUCUCCUUCCCUGCUCACACCAGCACUACACAUGCCUUCCAGCCUGUCAGCACACUACAUAAUAAUUUCUUCUUCUCUCCUGCCCCCUUUGCCUUUUGAUAUUUUACCCACCACCACACUGUUCUGUCCCUGCCACAGCCUGACAUACUCCCACAGGCAGCACUAGCAUCUUCCUCCACUUCUAUCUUGCUAUCCCUCCCUGGUCUGCACCUCUUCUGUGGCCUCACUACUCACCCCAGCUGAGAUCAUUACUCAGGACAUACACAGUCAUAGUCAUUGUCAAGUCUUAGUGCCAGGAGAUGACAGUCUCUCUCCCUCUCCCUCUCCCUCUCCCUCUCUCUCUCUCUC